AUGGUGGACCUAACUCUUAACUUCUGUGAACUGCCAAGAUUGCAGAGAGAGAAGCAGGAAACGGGGACUGAAGAAGUGUUUGUGUUACAGGAUGUCAGCAAUAUGAAUUUGCAGGUUAAUCUCGUGGUGCAGUAUUUGCCUUCCAUAGUGAUCACAUCAGCCAACUUCAUUGCUCCUCAGAUUUUCUCAUUUCUGAUCAGAUUUGAAGAUUAUUCACCAGUCUUUGAAAUCAGGCUGACACUCAUGAGGUGUGUCUUCGUACGGUUGGCCAAUAUUGGUGUUCUCCUGUUCUCACUGUGGAGCCAGAUCUCCUACUGUGAUACAGACAAGUGUAAGGCCUGUGGAUACAAUUACGAACUCUAUCCUUGCUGGGAAUCUGAAGUUGGAAAAGAAAUGUAUAAACUGUUGAUAUUUGAUUUUAUUAUAAUUCUUGCUGUGACGCUGUUUCUGGACUUUCCUAGAAAGUUGUUAGUUAUUCAUUGCUCUUGUAAGCUGGUUCAGUGGUGUGGAUUGCAGGAAUUUGGAAUUUCUGACAAUGUCCUGGAAAUCAUUUAUGGUCAGACGAUCUGCUGGAUUGGUACCUUCUUUUCACCAAUUCUCCCUGCAAUAGCAACUAUAAAAUACUUCAUCAUUUUUUACAUUAAAAAGAUCAGUUUGAUCCACACAUGUAAACCUGCAGCUAGGCCUAUCAGAGCAUCAAGUUCCACAUUUUUCUUCUUGGUAGUGCUGUUGAUUGGGCUCAUCUUGGCUUUUAUUCCUUUGGGAAUCAGCAUAGCACAUAUCCCCUCCUCCAAGGCAUGUGGGCCAUUCAGGAAUUUUAACACUUCAUGGGCAGUUGUUCCCGAAACAGUACUUGAGUUUCCAACAAUUCUGCAGAAGAUCUUCCAUGCCAUAGCAUCAGAAGCCUUUGCAGUGCCUUUUUUUAUGGUCAUUUGCCUUGUUAUGUUCUAUUUUAUUGCCUUGGCUGGAGCACACAAACGAGUAGUUGAGCAGCUGAGGGAACAACUGGUUAUGGAGAGUCGUGACAAGAUGUUCCUAAUCAGAAAGAUAACAGAAGUUUAUUACUUGAAAUUUGCCAGUAGCACGCUGUUAGUUAAUAUGUGA